CGCGAAACCUAUUUCCUUUUGCUAUACUAGAAAUGCGCGUCGGCGAUUUCCUCCCAAUCCCUUCGACUGACCCCCGGGAUGUUGGACCGCCGGCGACACGAAACUCCGGUUCGUGUGAACGAGACGAGUGGUGGACGCAAUGGAUCAUACGACCUUUCUGUUUCGGACAUUGCCAGCGCCGCAAGUGCCGAGAAGGAACCGAACCGAACCAAAAGACGAAGGAUCCCGUCAUCCGUCGGAGGACGACAUCGUCCCCUCCAACAACACAAGCAGCUACUUGGUUAGCAACCUCCACCACCCACCUGCUUCGCCAUACCUACUCCACGUCGUACCCGAAUACCUAUCCAAAGCCGCCGAGCGUCGCUGUAAUCGAUAAUCCAGUCUCGAAACACCCGUGCGUUCCUACAUACCACCCGUAUUCGAUGAUCCGCCGAAGCACGCUCCUCCGGGCCCUGCAGCACCGGCCCUCUCCGCAACCGCAAAUACCCUCUGCGGCUAGCAGGACUUUAUUUACAGCCACAGAGCACGGCCCACUAUGCUUUCAGUGCGCUGGAAAGGUUCUCGUACGACCACGAUUGAGGGUUCCGCGGAUGCGGGGUAUGGCUUCGGCCGCGGCAACAGCAACCGAGACGAUAACGACAACCACCACGGCGGAAGGCGUGGAUGUGGGUGUCGGAGAUCCUGCCAUCGGGCCGUUGGUGCAGUACGAUGCUUGGGUGCGUGAAGGGAAGUUGCGGGACGAUGAAUACCAACGAGGAAUCGUUAGGAGUCUUCAGGGCCUCCACGACGAGCUGGCUCACUACAAUCCGCCCACCGUGAUCCACCCUACUAUCGAGUCCCUUGCGCCGCCUCCCCCGAAAUCUUUUCUCGACUCGCUUUUCGGCCGCGAACCCCCGCAAGCACCGAAGACUGAAAUUCCGGCGGUCCUUCCGAAGGGUCUGUACCUCUACGGCGAUGUCGGCUCGGGAAAGACAAUGUUGAUGGACAUGUUCUACAACACCUUGCCGGCCCACAUCACGUCGAAGACGCGCAUCCACUUCCACCACUUCAUGCAAGACGUCCACAAGCGCCUGCACCGUCUCAAGCUCGCCCAUGGUCCCGACUUCGACGCGAUCCCGUUCGUGGGCGCAGAUAUCGCACAGAACGCCGCGGUCCUCUGCUUCGACGAGUUCCAAUGCACCGACGUCGCUGACGCCAUGAUCUUACGGCGACUUCUGGAAUCUCUGAUGAGUCACGGCGUAGUGAUGGUUGCGACCUCGAACAGGCAUCCGGACGAACUCUACAAGAACGGCAUUCAGCGGCACUCGUUCAUUCCCUGUAUCGAAAUGCUCAAGACGGACCUGGUAGUGAUCAACCUAGACUCGCCGACGGACUACCGAAAGAUCCCGCGCCCUCCAUCGGGCGUCUACCACCACCCCGCCAACGACGCAGGCGCUCUCCAACACGCUGAAAAAUGGUUCGCAUACCUCGCGGACCCCCGGGAUCCGCCUUCGCCGAGGAAACAUCAAAUCUGGGGCCGUGAUGUCAAUGUUCCCAAGGCGUCGGGUGCCGCGGCUAUGUUCCACUUCAACGAGCUGUGUGGGUCGGCGACUAGUGCCGCGGACUAUCUGGAGCUGUGCAGACACUACCGCGGUUUCGUCGUGGUCGGUGUGCCGGGGAUGGACCACAAGACUAGAGAUCUGGCUAGGCGCUUCAUCACGUUCAUCGAUGCCGUGUACGAGAGUAAAGCAAAACUGGUCCUCACAAUGGACGUACCGAUGCAACAACUAUUCGUUAGCAACGACGACAUCAAAGCGAGCAUCGAUGACAAAGACGGCGGCGAUCUAGAUUCCAGCUACCGCAGCCUAAUGGACGACCUGGGCAUGGAUAUGAAGAUGCUUAAGAACAGCUCGAUCUUUUCCGGCGACGAGGAGAGAUUCGCCUUUGCGCGUGCUUUGAGCAGGUUGGCGGAGAUGGGAAGUGUACAAUGGGUUGAGGGCUAGUGGGUAGUGGGGGGAGGGGAAGUGUACAAUGGGUUGAGGGCUAGUGGGUAGUGGGGGGAGGGG